AUGAACGCCCCUCCAGCCUUCGAGUCGUUCUUGCUCUUCGAGGGCGAGAAGAAGAUCACCAUUAACAAGGACACCAAAGUACCCAAUGCCUGUUUGUUCACCAUCAACAAGGAGGACCACACACUAGGAAACAUCAUUAAAUCGCAGCUGCUCAAGGACCCACAGGUGCUGUUUGCUGGCUACAAAGUCCCACACCCCUUGGAGCACAAGAUCAUCAUCCGGGUGCAGACCACGCCGGAUUACAGCCCCCAGGAGGCCUUCACCAACGCCAUCACCGACCUCAUCAGUGAACUGUCCCUGCUGGAAGAGCGCUUCCGGGUGGCCAUCAAGGACAAGCAGGAAGGCAUCGAGUAG